AUGGGGGACUUCGCCUCCCCCGCUGCCGGACCCAACGGCAGUAUCUGCAUCAACAACAGCAUGAACCCGGCUGCCGGGAACGUGGUGCCUGCCGGGGCCGUGGGCAUACCUAAGCACAGCACGGUCGUGGAGCGUCUGAGGCAACGGAUAGAAGGCUGCCGGAGACACCACGUCAACUGCGAGAACAGGUACCAGCAAGCCCACGCCGAGCAGCUGGAGAUCGAGCGCAGGGAGACGGUCAGUCUGUACCAGCGGAGCUUGGAGCAAAGGGCCAAGAAGUCGGCCAGUGGGAGCGGCGGCAGUAAGCAACCGCAGAUCAAACAGCCGGAGUCGGACUCGGCCUCCUCCACGGAACAGAGGAAUAACACGCUCAUAGCGCUUCAGGAGACUGUAAAAAGGAAACUGGACAGCACAAGGUCGCCUCUCAAUGGAGACCAGAAUGGCAUCUGUGAUGGAGGCAGCUACUCACCGACAAGCAAACGAUUACGGAAGGAGGCUGGUGGUUUAGACUCACUAACUGGUCUUCCUAACAACAAUAACAGCAACCUUCCACCCAUCUCUCCAUUGCACCACCAAAUAGACAUUAAGCCUCUACUCAGCGGUCCAAACACUUCUACCGGAAACGGCACAAGCAGCAACGGUAAACAUGUAGGGCGGUCAGCAGAUGAGCUGGGGAAGAAUGGUGGCAGUCAUUUUUCAGACAUGAAAAUGAAUGGCUCACUGGACCUGGAGGACAGCUUUAGCCUCCUUAAAGAUCUGAAACAGGAGCCGCUAGACGAUGGAGCUGGAAUCGAGUCCUCGGAUCCCCAGUCUUUGUCCAAUCAGAACAAGCUCUUCUCCGAUAUCAACCUCAAUGAUCAAGAGUGGCAGGAGCUAAUUGAUGAGUUGGCCAACACUGUGCCAGAGGAUGAUAUGCACGACCUUUUCAAUGAGGACUUCGAAGACAAAAAGGAGCCCGACUUUGGUAGGCCAUCAAACAAUCAGACUCCAGGCCCACAAGAAACAGUUGGAAAUACGACAGCACCUGUAGGGGGCGCCGUGCCACCAACAUCCCUUCCUCCCUCCGCUCAACCGUCGCAGAGUGGUCCACAGGUGCCCACGGGUUCACCACAGGUUAGACCAUCAUCAUCAGGCCCACAGUUUGCGACCACUGCCAAUGGAACACCUCCUCAACAACCUUUGCAGCAGUCCCCUGCUGUUGCUGUGGCAUCAGGGUCCCCAUUACACAACUGUGUAGCUCGCUCUCCUCAGACCCCGACCCAGGCUCAGACGCAAGCAGUUUCACGGGCUGGCAAUGGAUACAUGAUGAAUCCAGGCCCAGGUGUUAGUCAAGCUGGCACUGGACAAGCGGGACCUGGGGUUGCCCCAGGUCAACCAGUAGGACCAGUCACACCUGAACUUUCCCAUGCAGAGCAACUAAAAGCAAUGGCUGCCCAGCAACGUGCUAAACUGUUGCAGCAGAAGCAACAGCAGCAACAAACAGCCAACUGGUCGCCAGCAGGCCCUCCGACCAGUCCUUACAAUGCUGGUCCCUUUAACCAAGAUAAACCCAACAGCCCCAUGAUGUACCCACCGCAAGCCUUUAACACAACUCAAACCCCUCUAGUGGCUGGGAUAACCCCCAACAACGGGCCCAAAGCCCCUAUGAACAACUACCUCCCGCACAAUCACAUGAGCUUGAUGGCCCAGCAACAGCAAAACAGUAUCGGGCCGAACACCCUGACCAAACAACAACAACAGCAGCAGCAGCAAACGGCAGCCAUUUUGUCAUAUAAUAACACUAAGCCGCUGAGUCACUUUAGCGGUAGUGGAGAUCACCGGAUGACCCCACCCAUGGGAGGGAACAGCCAGGUUAAGAACCCCAUGAUGCCUCCUUACAUGGCAGGUGGAGGCCAGGGGGCUGGGCCAGGGCAAACCCAGGGGCCAAUCCCUGGUCAAACAGCCCAUCUGAGUGAGGAGCAGAAAAGAAUGCUGCUGAUGAAGCAGAAAGUGUUGAACCAGAACAUUCCCUACAGCAACAUGCAGCCUCAUGGACAGGAACAAGGUGUAGUGGGUAUGUCUCGACCACCUGGCGCCAUCCCCCCUCCUCACCCUGCUGGUGGUGUGGCCUCAGGGGUGGGGCCCAACCAGGGGUCAGGUCCACCUCCGGGCUAUGUGGGUAACCAGCAACAGGCAGCCAUGAUGAAACAGAUGAUGGCAAUGGAGCAGGAGAAGAGGGUGCAGAUGCAUAUGAUGGAGCAGCAGAAGCAGCAGCUCUUCAGAGAGCAGAGGCAGCAACAGCAGCAACAACAACUACUGGCCGAACAGCUCCAACAGCAGCAUCUUCCAAGACAAUUGGGCCAAGGCCAGAGGAAUCCCUUCCCUCAAGUCAGUCAGUAUCAAGGUCCUCCUCAAGAUUUAGCAUCCAGGAGUCAAGCUCUUCAGAACAUUCGGGCUGCACGUCUUCUGCAACAGCAGCAGCAGCAGAACCAGCAGCAGAUGGUCCAGAUGAACUCUGUCCAAGGCCAGGGGAACUCUGUAGGACCCCAAGCUGACAUGGGCCUACCCUACAGCACCCAAGGGUCUAACCAGGGUUCCCUUUAUGGGCUCAAUCCCUCCAUGAGCCAAAUGAUCCACCAGCAGCAGCACCCGAGCCAAAGUGUUCAAGCCUCCCUCGGUCUUCCGCAGCAGCACAACCCAGCUGGAGGGCAACAGCGGCAGGCGGCCGCAGGUCCUGGUAUUGGAGGUAUGCCUGGGGGCCCUGGUGGUGGGGCUGGUGGCUACGGUGGACAAGGGAUGUUAAUGAACCCCAUGGCCCAGCAAUCACUCAAAGGCCCAACUAAUGCCAAAGCCCAAGCACAAAGACUGCAAAGUAUGCUGGGAGCAGGAGGUGGUGGCGGGCCGAUGGCCGCAGGAGGUUGGCCGCAGCAACAAGGACAGAGUUUACAAGGCAUGGGGGCGGGCGUAGUAAGGACUACAGGAGCAGGAGGUGACAGGGUUGGGUUCAGCUCCGCCCAGGGAUAUGGGAUGCAACCGGGUCAGCCCGCACGCAUGGCCAAACAACACUUUCAAGGGCCAGGCCAAGGGAUGGCUCAGGGGAUGGACCCAAGGGUAGGCAAUCCAGCCGCUGGUAUGGGUGGUCCAUUAGGCACUCACAUGGGCGGACAGCCAAGGACCAAUCAGUCCCGGCCCAUGGUCAUGACUCAAGGAUUGAACCCGGGGGUUAUGGGUCCAGGGGUGACUGGAAUGGCGGGAUUCGGGCCAGGCCCUGGGGGGGCGGGCUUAGGGGCCGGGGGUGGAGGAGGACCUUAUGGACCUGGGGUUGUAGGGGUCGGGAGUCAGACGCAGGGCUACCAAAGGACAGCUAAUCAGGACAUUUCCUCCUAUGGAUAUGGCGGUGGACCCUCCAAUGGAGGGGCCUUCGGAUUAGGGGAGGGAUCAGGAGCAGAGCUGGACUCAAGCGAUGGUUGGAUGGAUGAGUUUUUUCCCAGCCAAUAA